CUGGGGAGGGAGCCAGGCCGAGGCGGCAGCGGCGCCCCGGAGCCGAGGGAACGCGCGGGCCUCGCGCCGCGGGAGCGGACGGCUACGGAGGAGACCCCAGGCUCGCGGUCCGAGGCGGGAGGGCGCAGCUUUUUGACUGCCCAUCUCAGCGGCCGCUGGUCGCUUCCGUCGCCCGGAGUGGCCGCCGCCCCUGGAGACUCGCCGUGCCACGGGCCUAAGCCGCCGCGACUCGGGCGUCCGGACAGCUCGGACCCCUUGGGCCAGGCCGGGUGGGGAAGGGCGACCGGGCAGGUGCCGCCCCUAAAGGGUGGGCCAGGGGCGAGGUGCCCACCCGCGCGGCCCGCGGGCCGGGCUCGGCGGAGGGGCCGCCCGCGCAGUCCCCCCACCGUGGGCAGGAGCCCGAGUCGCCGCCCCGCCUUCUCCGGGGACAGCCCGGUCGGACCUGUGGGAUCCGGGAGACCCCGCGCCGGCCGCCGCCCUCCGGGCUCGCGCAUAGAGGAAGGAGGAGAAACUUUGCCUUUUAUUGUUUUUAGCCGUUAAAGUGCAAGGAACUCUGUGUUGGGAGGAAAAAUGUCCUUCUUCAAUUUCCGUAAGAUCUUCAAGUUGGGGAGCGAGAAGAAGAAGAAGCAGUACGAACAUGUGAAGAGGGACUUGAACCCCGAAGAGUUUUGGGAGAUAAUAGGAGAAUUAGGGGACGGAGCCUUUGGGAAAGUGUACAAGGCCCAGAAUAAAGAGACCCAUGUUUUGGCUGCUGCAAAGGUGAUUGACACCAAAUCGGAAGAAGAACUUGAAGACUAUAUGGUCGAGAUUGAUAUAUUAGCAUCUUGUGAUCACCCAAAUAUAGUCAAGCUUCUAGAUGCCUUCUAUUAUGAGAAUAAUCUUUGGAUUCUUAUUGAAUUUUGUGCAGGUGGAGCAGUAGAUGCAGUGAUGCUUGAACUCGAGAGACCGUUAACUGAGUCCCAAAUACAAGUAGUUUGCAAACAGACUUUAGAGGCAUUGGACUACUUACAUGAUAAUAAAAUCAUCCACAGAGAUCUAAAGGCUGGCAACAUUCUUUUUACCUUAGAUGGAGAUAUUAAACUGGCGGAUUUUGGAGUAUCAGCUAAGAACACAAGGACAAUUCAAAGAAGAGAUUCAUUUAUUGGCACACCAUAUUGGAUGGCUCCUGAAGUAGUCAUGUGUGAAACAUCUAAGGACAGACCCUAUGACUACAAAGCUGAUGUUUGGUCUCUGGGUAUCACUUUAAUAGAAAUGGCUGAGAUAGAACCACCUCAUCAUGAAUUAAAUCCAAUGAGAGUCCUUCUAAAAAUAGCAAAAUCUGAGCCCCCUACAUUAGCACAGCCAUCAAAAUGGUCUUCAAAUUUUAAGGACUUUCUAAAGAAAUGCUUGGAAAAGAAUGUGGAUGCCAGGUGGAACACAUCUCAGCUACUUCAGCAUCCCUUUGUUACUGUUGAUUCCAACAAACCAAUCCGAGAAUUGAUUGCAGAGGCAAAGGCUGAAGUAACAGAAGAAGUUGAAGAUGGCAAAGAGGAAGAUGAUGAUGAGGAACCAGAAAAUUCUCUGCCAAUACCUGCAAGUAAGCGUGCCUCUUCUGACCUUAGUAUUGCCAGCUCUGAAGAAGAUAAACUUUCACAAAAUGCUUGUAUUUUGGAAUCUGUCUCAGAAAAGACAGAACAUAAUACUUCUGAAGAUAGAUUCAAAAACAAAGUUCUUAUUGAAAAACCUACCACUGAUGAACCUGAAAAGGCUAUGGAUGGAAUUAAUGAACAUGUUAACAAUGCUCAUUUAGAAGCCAUGGCUGGACUCAGUGAUAGAACAACAAUAAUCAAAGAGAAUGGGGGAGAGGAGAAGAGACCUAAGCUUGAAAAUCUACCUGAUUCAGAAGACCAAGGAACUAUGAUCACUAAUUUAGUCAGUGAAGGAAAAGAGAAUAAUGUAAUGAUAACUUUAGAAACAAACAUGGAAGAUAAUCUAAAAUCUGGAGAAGAAAGGGAUCAGGAAGAGCAACAGAUAUUUGAUAAUAGGCAUAUAACAUCCGAAGAAAUUAAAGAUACUACUAUUCAAAUAAUAGAUUUAGUUUCUCUAGAGACUGGAGAAAAAGAGGCAGAUACUCAGACAAUUGAUAGUGAGAUUAGGCUUAAAAAGGAAGACAGUCAAGAGGAAUUGAGAAAAGAUGACAAAACUCAAAAAGAUGUGAUCAGCGACAUAAAUAACAUGAUAGGAAUAAAUGAGACAGUGGAUGUUCAGAAGGUUGUCGAAAACAUUGCUGAGGAUACUCGGAGUAAUGAUGGGAAAGAAGUGGUUGAAGUAGGCCAGAAAUUAAUAAACAAGCCUGAGGAGGAUCCUGAGGCUGCUGUUACUAAGGAAGUUUCUGGUAAAGAAAUAGUUGACACUAAUGAGAUAGAUCAAGAAUCUGUAGAAGCUAAAAAUAAGGAACAAUUAAUAAACAGUUCAGAGAACAUAUCGGAGACCAUUGAGGAACCAGGGACAAAUGAGGUUGAAGAAAUUACUGAGUCAAGUGGCAUAGAAGAACUAGAGGUUGGAAGUGUAGUGGCUGAUACUGACCAGCAGUCUUCAGGAAGUGAAACUGGGGAUGCUCAUAAAACCACUUCUCAGAUAGAUACAGAAAAAGAGGAAAUCCUGUGUGAAGUGCCAAUUAAAACAGAACCUCACGUUACUGUGGCUUCACAGCCCAGUGAACCUCAGCCUGUUCCAAUACCCAGUAUUAAUAUCAACUCUGGAGAUGGAGAAAAUAAAGGAGAAAUAGGUGCUUUGUCAACAACUGAAACCGUGCCGCCUCCAGAAUCCGAGACUCAAAAGGAAAAUGAUACUGAUUCGGGCACUGGUUCUACUGCUGAUAACAGCAGCAUUGAUUUGAAUUUAUCCAUUUCUAGCUUCCUGAGCAAAACUAAAGACAGUGGAUCAAUAUCUUUACAAGAAACAAGAAGACAAAAGAAAACAUUGAAGAAAACACGCAAAUUUAUUGUUGAUGGUGUAGAAGUUAGUGUAACAACGUCGAAGAUAGUUACAGAUAGUGAUUCCAAAACUGAAGAGUUGAGGUUUCUUAGACGUCAGGAACUGCGGGAAUUAAGAUUUCUUCAAAAAGAAGAGCAAAGAGCCCAACAGCAGCUUAACGGUAAACUGCAGCAACAACGAGAACAAAUUUUCCGUCGCUUUGAGCAGGAAAUGAUGAGUAAAAAGCGACAGUAUGACCAGGAAAUUGAGAAUCUAGAAAAACAGCAGAAGCAAACUAUUGAACGUCUGGAACAAGAACACACAAAUCGUUUGAGAGAUGAAGCCAAACGCAUUAAAGGGGAACAAGAAAAAGAACUGUCCAAAUUUCAGAAUAUGCUAAAGAACCGAAAGAAGGAGGUUAUAAAUGAAGUGGAGAAAGCACCCAAAGAGCUGAGAAAAGAGCUCAUGAAACGCAGGAAAGAGGAGCUUACACAAAGCCAGCAUGCUCAGGAGCAAGAGUUUGUUCAGAAGCAACAACAAGAAUUAGAUGGCUCUCUGAAAAAGAUUAUUCAACAACAGAAGGCAGAGUUGGCCAAUAUUGAGAGAGAGUGCCUGAAUAACAAACAGCAGCUCAUGAGAGCUCGAGAAGCUGCAAUUUGGGAGCUUGAAGAACGACACUUACAAGAAAAACACCAGCUGCUCAAACAGCAGCUUAAAGAUCAAUAUUUCAUGCAACGACAUCAACUACUUAAGCGCCACGAGAAGGAAACAGAACAAAUGCAGCGUUACAAUCAACGACUUAUUGAGGAAUUAAAAAACAGACAGACUCAAGAAAGAGCAAGACUGCCCAAGAUUCAACGCAGUGAAGCUAAGACUCGAAUGGCCAUGUUUAAGAAAAGUUUGAGAAUUAACUCAACAGCUACACCAGAUCAGGAUCGUGAUAAAAUUAAACAGUUUGCUGCACAAGAAGAAAAGAGGCAGAAAAAUGAAAGAAUGGCUCAGCAUCAGAAACAUGAAAACCAAAUGCGGGACCUUCAGUUGCAGUGUGAAGCCAACGUUCGAGAACUGCAUCAGCUGCAGAAUGAAAAAUGCCACCUGCUGGUUGAGCAUGAGACUCAGAAAUUAAAGGAGUUAGAUGAGGAACACAGCCAAGAAUUAAAAGAAUGGAGAGAGAAAUUGAGACCUAGGAAAAAGACACUGGAGGAAGAGUUUGCCAGGAAACUGCAGGAACAGGAAGUGUUCUUUAAAAUGACUGGGGAGUCUGAAUGCCUUAACCCAUCAACACAAAGCCGGAUUUCCAAGUUCUAUCCUAUUCCUAGCUUGCAUUCCACUGGAUCAUAACAAUGGAAAGCCUUCUGUGCUUGAGUUUGGCAUUUCCAACAUCAUUCUAUUCUCUUCAUCUUCUGCCACAGUCUAUAUCAGACAGCUCACGAAGACAAUCACCUGCCUCACCUUCUAGGUGUUUUUUUUGUUUUCUGUUUUUUCUUUUUAAAGCAAAGAUGAAGGGAAAGUGAACUAAGACAGAUGCUAGGCCAUUUUGGCAAAGUAGCAUCUUGCACUAAUUCCCCAGGUGAUUUUGUAUAUUUAUCUUAAAAGUUGUAUUCCUUAGGCACUAUUAUCUGAAAACUGUUAAGAGAAAUAAUGUUUGAAGUUAUUUAAAAAAAAAACUAUUACGUCACUAAGUAUUAAUAAAUGUCUUUUUACCUGCCCUGACUUCUCAGUGAUGCCUAAAUUCUAUAGUUGACACUCUGCUGUAAAGGGUUGAAAUGAUUUUCUUUCGGUGAAUCAGCUGUCAUAAAACUAUGAGUUGCUCAAAAUGUUCUAUUGAUUCAGUAAAUAAAUAUAUUUUAUCUUUAAAUAGGAAAAAAACUCUUUUAAAAGAGAAAAAUUAUUUCAUUAGUUUGUUGAAAAUAAUUACCUAUUCAGGUAUGAGCUAAUAAUUGAGGGUGCUAGCUUUAUUAAGAUAGUGCCUAAAACACUAUAUUUUAAUCAAGUCUGAAAUAGGAUUUUCUUAGGCCAGGCAUGGUGGCUCAUGCCUGUAAUCCUAGCACUCUGGGUGGCCGAGGCUGGUAGAUUGCUUGCUCUUACAGGUUCAAGACCAGCCUGAGCCAGAUGAAGACCUUGCCUCUAAAAAUAGCCAGGCAUUGUGUUAGGAGCCUAUAGUCUCUGCUACUCUAGAGGCUAAGGCACGAGUUUAAGGUUGCUGUGAGCUAUGAUACCAUGGCACUCUACCAGGGGGAACAGAGUGAGACUCUGUCUCAAAAAAUAAAUAAAUAAAAAUAAAUAGGAUUUUCUUUUUGAUCAAUAGAGACAUUACAGCCUUAGCAUUAAACAUUAUCAUUUAAAAAAUCUUGCUCCUAUCACCAUUUGCUGAGAAUUUUCAUCCUAAAAUAUAUGUUGUACAAAGUUUGGAAAGAAUAAAAAAGUAGCUUUUAGAUGUGCAAAUUGGAAAUGUAAAACACCAAAUUCAAAGUAAUAUAGAUUUAACUGCCUCCAUUAAUUUUUUAAAAUAAUACAUGAGGUAAAUGAGUUCCCUCCAUCGUAGUGCAGUCUGUUCAUUUAAAACUCUGUGAGGGGAUUGCAGGCUUUGAGUUAUAUGUAUAAAUAUUAAUUUUCUGAAAUUAAUUUUAAAAGAGGCAUUUGUUCAGAAUACUUUUUUAGGAAGGAUUUAAGUAUUUAGGCAAAUGUCAGAAUUGACUUGUCAUUGUUUUGAAAUGAGGCUACUUAUAUUUUGGUUUUAUUUUGUUCCAUAUUUAAGUUAUUUACUUUUGAGUGGGAAAAGCCUUAAAACCUUUAUCCUGUGGUUGGUGAAAUGUGUAAUUAUUAAUGAAAUGUUCGCUCUUCAUCCCUUGUGAGGCUUAAAAUUUCAACCAUGUCAGGUCAAACAGUAUUACCAACUGGACUUUGGUGAAUGAGACAGUACGUUUGUCAAAGAUGCUCAGUACCUGCCAUUCACAACCUGUUCUCUCUUAAGAGUGCUGGGUACCAAAGUGUAAGAGUUUGUUUUUAGUUGUGUUACUUUUGAGACAGGUGCAAAAUUAAAUGUAAUUUUGUGGGAACACUGAUUUAUACUAAGAAAAUGUAAAUGUAGCACUUUCUUGCAGUUAAUUGAAAAACUUUGGAUGCUGAACCUUAUUUUGUCAGUGGUUUAGAUGAUUUAAAAAUGCAUGUAUGACUUUCAUUUUGUAAUUGUUUUGACAAGCAUAAUUUACUUGGACAACUUUGUAGGUAGCCUUAACUUCUGGCCAAGUUUGUUUUUAUAUAAAUAUAUAUACAUAUAUAUAUUAUGUAUUGUUGUAAAUUCAUACACUUACCACAUGAAUGUGUUACUGUAUACAAAACUCUUUUAAUGCUUUAUUCUCAAAUGCUGGGUUGAAAAAUGUUUUUAAAGCCUUUAGAAAUAUAUAUCUUUAUAAAGUAAUAUUGAGGAUGAUGGAAAUUGUUUAUAUUGUUACGAUAAAAAUGACAGUAUAGUGUUGCCCAGUGUAUUUAACGAUUUAUUUUAAAGAGAAAGUGGGUAGGAAGGUUCUCAUAGCCACUUUCUCCUUUGACAUUUUCAUUUUAUGAACUUUUUAAAAAUGAAUACUUCAGGCAGUGGAUAUUUUUUCAGUGAUACCCUGUGUGCUAAAUAGUUUGUGGCAUCUAAUUAAUUUGGUCUGAAUAUUUGAUUCUUUUCCUUUCAACUUGACAUUCAGAAUAUUGACUCAAGGAGAGAGGCUCAGAGUGGCGUGGUGGAGGCUCCGGCUCCAGGUAGGGUUCUUAUCUGUUCUUGCAUCUCCCUUAAAACUGCCUUUUGGAUUCAGUGUUGUGCUUGAGUUCUUUUUUAAAUAUGACCAUAUUCAUAUGGGUGCAAGACUACAUAAUGACACAUACGUAGAGGUGAAGCAUUCAUUGUAAUAUUUAACACAUUAACUGCCCUCUGAGUUGUAUUUCACUUGGGCUCGUUUUGAGCCAGGACCUUGUGAAGCAGAUAGGACUCACAUGUCUCUUGACCUGUCUAGACAUCAUAAAACACUGUGGCCCCAAGAAGAAUUUUUUUUCUCCUAGUGUGGCAGUCAGUGUGUUAAAGUUACAUAAAUUUUUUCAAAAAGUGUUUUGUUAUAAGACUAUGCUGUAUUCUGGCCCACCUCUUGUUAGGCUAUAUUUGGAUAGAUAAUAGUGAUCUUUCAUUCUUGCAUGAGGUGUAGGUAGGGAGUGGAUGAGGGGCGCAGACUUCUUUGAAAUCUAAUAGUACAGUCGGAUUUUUUCCUGAUUCGGUGGUUUUGUUGCUAUGGCAGGAAGUGCCAUGAAAUAUGCAUAAAAGAACUCCAUACGUGCACCCUAACAGUCCCCUCUCCCCUUUUCCCUGAGUGCUGUGACACACCAGACCUCCACACUUCUAUAGUUCCAGUUCCUAGAGCUCGGGGCACCAUGGUGCCUUUCCUAGUCCUGUUAAUUCAACCUGUCAGUGUAUGAAUUGCCGAAUUAGCUGCUAUUUCAUGUGGAGUCACAUUAAGCUUUUUCUUACCCUUUUCUAUGGAGAAGCUAUAGGGUAGGUAAGGAGGAAAUUUACACUCACUUUGCUGAAAAUGUUAGAACUUUCUUGUGGCUGGAUACAGCAAAUUGUAAUUAAAUAUAAACCAGAACCAGAGCUACCUCUAAGUAGUAUUUCCUCAAGCACAAAGCUCUCAGGCAUGAGACCCACUUUAAUGGAGGGUCUCUGAUUUCUUGAGCAUCAGUGAGUUUCAGAAGUGACUAUUUUUUGUACUCUUCUAGUUUCCUUGUAACUACACACUUUUUCCCAUUCCACACUGUGCUUAAAUGACAAAGACUUCUGAGAAGCCAAAUUCUGUCAAAGUAUUAGUUAGAGAUAAUGUUGAAAACCUAGACUGAAGUCGAAGAGCGUUCCAGUUCUAAUGGUCUUUUGACUAAAUCAAACAGUUCUUUUUUGGGAAAUGAUUUUUUUAUAGGAAAUGGGAUGAUAUUUUGAACACUUUCCUUAAGUUGAAAGCACAACAGUUAUUGCCUCUAUUGUUGCUAUUCUGUGGCUGAUGUGGUUUUGAUAAAGCUUUAAAAUUUCUGCUACUAAGCCUGGGAUAGAGUAUUUUACCAGUUUUAAAUGUUGGCUGCAGCUUUUUGUGAUCCUUCUCUGAUUUGCAGUGUAAUGAGUUCAUAAGCUAAAUUCUUAGAAAUAAUUUUGUUUCAGAUUAUGCCUCUUGUCUAUUUGGGAGCAACAUGUCUUUUCAAUCAUGAGAUUGACAGACAAAAAAUAAAGUUAUUUCUUAAUC